AAAUACUCAAACAAUCAUUUGCACCUCAGCUAGAUCAAGAAGAAACAAAAAGAUCAUAUCUUGAUUUAAUCUAUGGCAAUUCAUCUGAUGAUAAUAAUACCAAUAAUAGUUCAAGUUCAAUUAGUAAUGAUGAUAAUAUACUUCAUAGUGGAGUUCGUCGAUAUUGGCAAUAUGCUUAUAGGCAAUUUCACUGA